AUGACCUCGAGACCCACCACACCCAUUCUCCAUCAGCCCGGAUCGUCGAGUCUGGCGACGCCAAGGAGCAGCACAGAGCAGCAUCGCUCGGGACGGCAAGGCAUCACCAUCGAAGAGCCGGUGCGGCCCCGUGGUGCGAGCCACAGCUCGCUCGCCUCGGCUGCCGGAUCCGGAUCCAACUCACCAUCGCGAUCGGGUAUCGUCGGCGACGGCACCUAUGGUGGCCGCCGAGGCGGACCGUCGAUGCACAAGAGCCGCACCAGCAGUUCGGGCGGUCUGAGCGAUGUCAAGGCAGGCUACGAGCGCAGGGUCGGCUUCGACACCAUGCCCGACGCCGACGAGACGAACAGCGGUGCAUUCAGCUUCACCCUGCAGGUCAAGUCGAGGGGCUUUCUGCGCACCAAGAACACACGCACAUUCAUGGUCGCCAUGGAUGACAAUGCACACUCGGAGCGCGCGCUCGAGUGGCUCAUGGAGAACCUCGUCGAGGACGGCGACGAGGUGGUGGCCGUGCGCAUCCUCGAUGGCGAGGCGGACCAAAUCGACCAGGAAGAGGCGCGCGAAGAGGCACGCGAACUCAUGGCAUCCAUCGUCGAGCUCAACGAGGAGGCCGAGGAUCGCAAGAUCUCGAUUGUCGUCGAGUUCGUCGCAGGCAAGGUGGUGUCGACCAUCCUGCGCAUCAUCCACGUCUACCGCCCGGACAGCUUGACCGUAGGAACGCGCGGCAAGUCGGCCAACAAGUUUCAAAAGAUGCUCGGACAGCACAUCAUGGGCCACGUCAGCCGCGACAUCCUCACCUCGAGCCCCGUGCCGGUGGUGGUGGUGAGGCCCGAGGCCAAGGUGCAGAAGCACCUCAAGAAACGCCUCAACGAUCCCAAACGCCGCGGCUAUCACAACCUGGUCAAGGGUGUCGAAGGCCUCCCAAUGAGCAUCACCAAGAACAAGCGCCGCUCGCUCCAGGUGCCCUCUUGA